AUGGACUUCAGACAUGCUUGGAACAUGACAUUCCAUGAGCACUACUGGCAUCCCAACAUGAUUUUGAGCGGCUCUCUCAUGGUCUGGUCAGCCAUCUUGGGCGCCACCAAGAUCCUCGCUGAUGUGCCUCGACCGCCAGAGCCUGAGGCUUUCAACGUUAUAGAGCUUCCACUGCCCCCCGUAGCACCCAGUUCAAACCAAGGCGCCUGCACGACAGACAUCAACCCCAACAGAACUGGGUGCAUUGCCCGAGAAGUUGGCGAGUUUCAGGCUGGCGGCUUCACCAGGGAUGGCAACCACAUUGUUGUGAAUGUUGUCAUGGUCGGAGCGCCUGCCGCCCCAGACGCAGCAAGCAUCUACACUGGCGAGCAGCUCAUUCUUGUUAAGGGGGACGGCAGUACCUUUUCAAAUGGUGAUCCGUGGAAGUGCGUGAGCUGCGCUGUGCCUCCAGAGAAUGCCGUCUCGUUGGACCCUCAGCGGGACUACCCACAAGGAUUCCGGGGCGAGAACAAGAUUCUCUGGGGUCAUAACAUCGUCGAUUGCGAAGGCGAAGAAUUGCAUAGUGAUAGCUGCACACCGGAGAAGACGCACAUCUACCCCAUUCGAUGGAACACCAAAGCAGAUGGCAGCGGCUCGGGCCCGCGAGAGCUACGGAUUCAUCCUGACGGUGAGCAUCUCGGCUGGAGUGCGUUUACGGGACUUGGAGGCCAGUUCGCCUACUUUGGAAAACUCGAGUUCGUUCCGGCUACAGAAGAUGAAGUUGCCAGGUAUGAGCUGGUCAACGUAUAUGUCCUCACCAACCCAAACGGAAACCCGCCAAUCGAAGUCGAUGGCACAGAAUUGCACCUGCACGACGAUGCUAUUACCGUCGGCGAGCUGCGUGGCUUCAGCGGCACGGGCGAUGAGAUUACCUACAUCGGCUCGCCAGUAGAGUCGAACAACAUCGACGUAUUCGCAGUCCAUCUCGUCACUGGCAAAGUACGCCGUCUAACCAGUCAUCCCGAGUACACGGACCCUAUGGCCUACUCUAGCGACAAUGAAUGGUUCGUGGUCAUGGACACCAGGGGCACUGACCGCCAGAUGUUCAUGUCCGGUAUGCGACAGAUCCCGCCUCUGAUCGACCUAGUCGCCGUGACGGUUGCCUCAUCGACUAGGAACAAUGGACCUCGUCGCUUCUUCCAGCCCAUACUGAUAGAUCGAUACGGUGACCGCGGCGACUACUUUGGUCAGCGAAUCAAUGCCGCUGGCGACGGCAGCGACGGAAGCGUCAACGAUCCCAACUGGAAUGGGAGAGCGGAUCCUGGAUUCUCCCCUGACGGCACAAAGAUCGCUUUCUGGCAGGCUUUGGUAGUCUCUCCGUCCUGCGGUGGUGUCAAUCCCCUCCCCUGCCCAGUCUCAACCGCAGAUGGUGGCCGCGAGUAUCGCCUCAUGCUCGCUACCCGAGUGGAUAAAGCACCUGCAGAAGUCCCACCCGCCUUCCAGGUGCCAGAUGCCAUUCCCUGGGCUGUUCCAUAUACAUCCGAGGAAGAUAUCCCGCUACAGUAUGCAGUCGAACCUGGAAACUACACUCUUCAGGGUCGAGUGUCGGGCAUCGCUCACGUCACUAUUGUUGGUGGCGGGAAUAGUAUCAACGGCCUGGAAAGGGUGGCGGUGAACUAUACCAGCUACUCGGAUGAUGGUGAGCACUUUCUGGAUGGGACGGAAGAUGUGACUGUCACAGUAACGCCGCCGAAUUACUGGACUAACCAUGUGGAAUGGUAUUCCGACCUAGUGCAGACGGGCGUGGUAAAUGCCACAAAGAAGACUAGCCCGGGUGGUUUCUUUUUGGAGAUUGAUGCUGAGAUUAACAUCUUUAAUGCGACGGGUAGUCUUACUACUACGAUCAAUGGAGUUGUUUAUGAGCAGCCUCUUAACGGAACCUAG